AUGACGGACGACCAAGAUCUUCAUCAGAACUCCCUCAUGGCUCAACCUGCCGUUCAGCGUGAAUUAGUCGGGAAGGGUCUUACAUUGGAAAACCAUUUCGUUACCGUGGCGCAGUGUUGUCCCAGCCGGACAGCAUAUCUUCGUGGACAGGCAGCGCAUAACACAAAUUUGACCCACGUCUUCCCUCCUGGAGGUGCGUUUGAGAAGUUCGUAACGUCCGGACAGGACCAGGAUUACCUCCCCCACUGGCUCACGGCCGCAAACUACAACGCCGAAUAUUACGGGAAAUUCAUGAAUGGGUAUUCCACGGCAACAUAUAACAUUACACCGAAGGGAUGGACUCACACGGAUAUCUUGGUCAAUCCGUACACCUAUGAUCUUAACAAUGUUGUGAUAUCAAGAAAUGGGUUGCGCCCAACCGUCUAUGACGGAUACCACCAGAGCGAUAUACUCAGAGCCAUAUCUCUCAAUAGAUUGGACUAUUUGACUAGCCAGGACAAGCCGUUUUACAUUCAAAUUGCACCAACAGCGCCUCACAGUGGCACCAGUGGUCCUCCAGAGCCUUGUGCUCGACACGUUGGUCGAUAUGCAAACAUGUCUGCCCCUAGAACCCCAAACUUCAACCCUCCAGAUGAAUUUCAAAGUCUGAAGCCUUCCUAUCUCAAAGAUGCUCCUCUGUUAAAUUCUACUGAAAUUGAAUAUCUCGAUCAAAACUACCGCGCUCGCCUUGAGUCUCUCCUGGGGGUCGAUGAAAUGGUGGAAGACAUCAUAGCGAAGCUUGAAGAAAAAGGCGUGCUGGAUAAUACAUACAUCAUCUACACCUCUGAUAAUGGUUGGCAUGAAGGCCAGCAUCGAAGGAUUGGUGGAAAAUGCCUCCCAUACGUCGAAGACACCAAUGUCCCCAUGAUCAUCCGUGGCCCUGGAGUUCCAGUUGGGGCUAGGUCUAAAGUUCCUAGUACGCACAUUGACAUGGCGCCGACAUACCUUGAAAUCGCUGGCGUUCGUCCCGCGGAUCUUCCUCCUUUCCUAGAUGGGAGAUCGCUGCUUCAGGAGUGGAAGAAUGGCGGCAUUGGCAACAAACCAAGGGAAAACAUCGCAAGAGAGGUCCUCAAUGUCGAGUACUGGGGCAUGACUCAGGAAGGUGCCGAUUCAGUUUUCGAAAUCUACCCCCAAAAUAAUUCCUACAAGACCGUUCGAAUAGUUGGGGACACCUCGGCGUGGCUUUUUUCCCGCUGGUGCACUUCUAACGACACGGAGCUCUACAAUACGAUCGACGACCCAUACGAACUUAACAACCUGGCUAUAUCACCCACCGAAGAGAACUCCAGAAUCAUUUCUCGUCUCAACGGUGUCCUUCUCAUCACUAAAUCUUGCAGCAAAGACACAUGCCGGAAUCCGUGGAAACUCCUUGCAACAGACGCUGAAGGCGACUUCACCAAUCUUGAAGAAGCGAUGGAUUCCCAAUACGACUCCUUCUUUGCCUCACUGCCGUCCGUCGGCUUUCAAGGCUGUUUGAGCUAUCAGUCUGUCGAGAACGAGAUACCUUUCUACCCGCCAGAAUCGUCCUCAUUGGGGCGUGAAUACAGAAAUGACACUAACAACUUUACUGCGUACUACCCCUUGGGCGAACGGGUGCCAGGAAACCCUGAGCCAAUGGGCACGGAAGAGCAAAGGCACAGUACCUUCGAGGAGAUCAUGAGGGCGGCGAGAAAUGUCACAGAUGCAGAGAUCGGGACUAGUUUGCCAUGCAAUCUUCCGCUCUAUUGUGCAGACCUGGCGACUGGGGGUGGAUAA